ACGCAAUCGCCGUGUGCCUCUCUUUUCCUUAACUCGCAGGAUAGUUUCUUUCUUUUCUGGCCAGCUCACUCUCUAUGCGCACCUGAAUAACUGCUCAAAUACCACUCAUUCGUAGCCGGUUGACACGUCGAGUCCCGCGCAUCCCACCCCCGACCCCCGAUUCCGCUGCCACGGCGUAAGCAGCCUUCGUCGCGUCACACAAUCUACUCCAAGAACAGUCGUUACCAAUCCAUUCAGGCCUCGGACUCACCGCCGCUCACACUUGUGUGGUAUGACCUCGGGAACACAACUAUCAUCUCAACGGGGCACACCCUGAAUAUCCCGCAAUACUUAUGGAGCCCCAAGAGUCUGCGACGCCUAUGGCGCCCCCGUCUAGAUCUCUCCGGGAACAGACACAAAAGCGCCAGCGCAAUUCUUCCCCGGUCACGCCGUCAAAGCGACGUCGAGUCCAACACUUGCCAUCAAGUGUGUCGCAGAGGACUCCAGCGUCCACCCAAAUAUCUUGUACAUCCACUCCUCUAAGUGGUCCGCGUACUAGAGCGCAGUUGGAUCGGUACUAUGAAGAUGUGAAGAGGGACGCGCGUCGGAUCAUCGCUGUGAAAAAUCAGCUAGAUGUUCUCCUCCCAGAGGUAGACACAGAUCCACAGAGCACACCGGCGCCAACCUCUGGAUCAAUGUCAAUGACAACGAAAAAUGCCGUCAAGCUGCUGGAGAAGAUCUUGAAAGAUAAUCAACUUAUCGAGGACCUGGAGGAAGUGCGCAAGGAGGUUGACCCUAAGGUCCGCGGCCCCAGACGCUCUGACACGGACGGUGUUGUCAAACACUAUCGGAAAAAACAACAAACCACACGUGAAAAACUCCGCAAAGAUAUCAGAAAGGCCCGGAAGAGAAUUGGGUACAACUGGGACAGACUUAAAGCAGCCCAAAUGGUCACCGAGCCCGAGGCAAGCACAGCCGAGGACACCGUAUCCUCAAGCAUAUCAUAUCCCGUCGUUUCGGUGGCUGCCACAGAAGAUGGAGAUGAUGAUUCCGGCGCAAUGGCAGAUGACUCGGAUAGUGAGCCCAUGCUUCCUACAGGCAAUACUGUUGCUCGGUCAAUCAUGUCACCUUCUUUUCUUCCAGAUCACACCGUGGAGGAGGAGAACCGAACCAGUAAUGAUAAAGACAAAGCUAAGACGAAGAGGAGUGGUGAAAACGGCGACGCCGAUAGAGAAGCAUCCAAAAUCAACGAGCCAGUGGAGGGAAAAGCGGCACCGGAGUCUCUUCCAAGGACUGUUCGUGCUCCUCGUCGGUCGAUCUACACCCCCGAUUCAGUUGAUGACGAAGACCGCCCUGGACAAACUGGUCAAAAAGAAAUCUCGACACAUACCGCGACGGAGGAAAGUCCUCAUAGUGAUGGAGGACUAGCUGAUAAAAUGGUGGAAGAGACGACGAAGCCCACCAACCCUCGUGAAGUGGAGACCCAAGUGAAGCCGUUCUCACGGCGUUCCGAUGACGAAAUCUCCGACAGCGGGGAAGACGAGGACAGCUCAGAGGAUGAUGAGGAUGAUGAGGAUGGCAGCGAUGUAGAAAUCAAGGAAGAAGACGAGGAUUUGGAUGUCAAAUUGGACAUGUUUGGUGAUGGCAGUGAGGAUGACGACGAGGACGAGGACGAGGAUGAAAGCAACGAUGUUGGACUCAAGGUGGAAGUGGAAGAUCAGGAGGAAUUCAAGGAGAGUAGUGAAGAUACGAGGACUGAGCAAGACAAGGAAGCCGAGGAAGCAACGGGUGAUAUCGAAAGCCAAAAGAAAGGAAGCGACGAACGCCUGAAUGUCGUACAGUCGGGCCAGGGCCAUCCGGAAGAUCCAAAAUCUUCACGGCCCACAACUGGCUUGUUUGAGCGCAUGAAUGGCAUUCAAACUUCCGGCUCCUUUGAAGCAAUGAUGGCCGGAUUGAGACAAGCGGCAGCCGAGAGAGAGAGGCUGGCAGUGCUCAACGGGCGGAUAGUGGACACUGACACGUCCGACUCGUCUGACGAUGAAUCACUGCCGGACUGGCCGCCGGAAUCUGAUACGAAGCCAUCUAUCGCCUGAUUCCGAGUGUGGCAGGAGAGAAAGCAUUCCUGCUUUAACUUUCCCUUUUAUGAAAGAUCUUUCCAAAUGUCUUUUGAACCGUCUUUCUUAAUAGGUAAAGCAACAGGCUUAGUAGGUAUUAUAAGGAUAUAUAGGUGCUCGAUGUACCUAUUAUCCAUCAUACUCCAAAUGGAAUAGUCUGUCGUGCGGAAGCACAAGUUGGUGUGCGAUUAGCCUCAGCCUACAAUGGAAUAUCACACAUAUGUCCC